UAAUGUGUUUGGAUGCAUGGUUUUUCAAAGAUUACACCGACACUUGUUUUUUAAGUCUAGAUUCAUCAUUUAUAUAUAUAUAUAUAUAUAUCAAUGUGAAGCAUAUAGUUGUGGAUGUCUUCCUAGCCUUUUUAACUUAACAAAGUACUGAGAAUGGUUCACUGUUCUUUCAUGCAUGCAUAGGAGUGAAACUGAGUUUCUAAUUAUAUAGAAACUCUGCACAUAUAUAAAUAAAUAUAUAUAUAUAUAUAUGUGUGUGUGUGUGUGUGUGUGUGUGUGUGUGUGUGCAGUGGAGAGUGUAAGUGUUUGAUUAUAUAUCAGUUGUUUCCCUGGGCCUUUCUUGGAUGAUGGAAAGUGUAAAUGAAGUGGAGAAAGGUGUGGAGAAUGGGAAGAAAUGGAGGUUCAAAAAGAUAUGUGUCUUCUGUGGAAGCAGGUCAGGAAACAAGCCUUCAUUCAGUGAGGCAGCUCUUCAGCUUGGAAAGCAAAUGCAUGCAGGUUGAGAGAAAAAUAGACCUGGUUUAUGGUGGUGGAAGUAUAGGCCUGAUGGGUUUAAUAUCUCAGACUGUAUUUAAUGGUGGCUGCCAUGUUCUUGGGGUUAUCCCUUCAGCUCUCCUUCCACUUGAGAUAUCAGGAGAAACUAUUGGAGAAGUGAGAUCAGUUGCAGACAUGCAUGAGAGGAAAUCAGUAAUGGCUAGUCAUGCUGAUGCUUUCAUAGCUCUCCCAGGGGGUUAUGGAACCAUGGAAGAACUGUUAGAAAUGAUAACAUGGUAUCAACUUGGAAUUCAUGAGAAACCUUUAAUGGAGCAGGUGGGAUUGUUAAAUGUGGAUGGUUAUUAUAAUAGCUUGCUUGAGUUGAUUGAUAAAGGUUGGAAGGAAGGGUUCAUUGAGGACUCUGCAAGCCAAAUAUUAGUGUCAGCUGAGACUGCUGAAGAGCUUAUUAGAAAAAUGGAGAUGAAUGCAAUAGAGAAAAUUAUGAAGAAGGAUGAAGGACCAAGCAACAAGAUAAAAUCAAAUUACUAAAAAAUGCCACUAAUUGUGUGUCAUUUCUUUAUUGUAAAAUAAAUUCCCACCCCCUUUGAUGUAUUUGUAUAUAUAUAAUAUUAUAUCCUUUCCACCGCCGCAAAGGGUAUUGAGUUUAA